AUGGAUACGCUUAUCGAUGUCUUCCACACAUAUUCCGCUCGGGAAGGUGACAAGCACAAACUGUGCAAGAGGGAACUGAAAGAUCUUCUACAGAACGAGCUUGGAGAGUAUCUUGAGGAGCAGAAAGACGCCACCUCUGUGGACAAGAUCCUGAAGGAACUAGACAAGAACGGAGAUGGGGAGGUGGACUUUCAGGAGUUUGUCACCUUGUUGGACUCUCUGACCGUGGUCUGCAACACCGUCUUCUGCAAGAAACAGCUGAGCCACUCCGACUGUUCAUUACCGUGGAGCCUCUUGUACAAAGGCCGAUGUCUCAAUAAACUAGUCAUUUAUCCUUUAAGUGGUUCUGCGUUUGAUUUCUGA